AUGGGUGAAACAGCCAAAAACGAGACCAUACCCUGUUCCCCCUCCUCCUCCCCCCCCGCCCCACUUCAGGCUGGUAGGGUGAGUCCACUCACUCUGGCAGCCUGAGAUGCUCGUUGCCUUUUAGACAAUCUGGGGAGCAAUCGGCCGGAACGGAGGGCGGAGCUAGUGGCCCGAGAACUGGUGCGCUACAAGGUGGACAUCGUUGCACUCAGCGAGACCCCGUCCUCCGAACAAGGCCAAAUGAAGGAAAUGGCUGCCGCCUACACCUUCUUCUGGGGCAGUCGCCCCAAAACAGAGCGACGGGACGCGGGCGUCUCCCUUGCCAUCCGGAACGACAUCGUGGGACGACUGCCCUGUCUGCCACGGAGCAUUAACGAUCGCCUGACGAGCAUACGCCUGCCUCUCCGGGGAGGCAUAUUGGCCACCAUCAUCAGCGUUUGUGCCCCUCCCCCCCCCCCAAUGACCAGCCCUGACGUGACAGGGAACAAAUUAUACGGGGACCUGCCCGCCCUCCUGCCGACUGUGUUGACGGCGGAUAAGGUGAUUGUCCUUGGUGACUUCAACUCCCGUGUCGGCACAGACCAUGCUACCUGGGGAGAAGUGCUGAGUCGCCACGGUAUCGGCCGCCCAAAUGGCAAAGGCCUGCUUUUCCUACGAACCUGCGCAGAACACCGUCUCAUCCUGGCCAACACCUUUCACCUUCCGACCCGGGAGAAGGCGGCCUGGAUGCAACCUCGUUUGCGACAAUGGCACCUGCUGGACUAUGUCCUCGUUCGAAGGCGAGACCAGCGGGACAUGCUGGUGACAAGGACUAUCCCGGGUGCCGACGGGUAGACCAACUACCGCCUCGUCCACUCUACGAUGAGGAUCUGCCUACAGCCACGCAGGAGAUCUCAAGUUAAGCGAUUCCCAGGUAAGCUGAAUAUUGCUUUGUUGUCUUUGCCUGCUCAUCAUCUCCAUUUCGUCAACGAGCCAGCUCAACGACUAACCAACCUUCCAAUCACCGCCGCCGUCGAGGACGCCUCAGUGGAGAACCGAUGGUGCUAACUGAGGGACUCUACCCAGUCAACCGCCCCGGAGGUCCUCGACCAUUCACCCCGUCAACACAAGGACUGGUUCGACGACGACGACGACGACGACGACGACGACGACGACGACGACGACGCCAUCAACAAUCUGCUCCUCCAGAAGGACAGUCUUCACAAGGCCUACGUGAACCGCGCACCCGCCGACAACAAAGCAGCAUUCUACCACAUUCGCCGCCUUCUGCGACAGCGGCUGCGGGCGAUGCAGGAGGCCUGGAUGGAUCGCAAGGCCGAGGAGAUCCAAUGGCACGUGAGUACGUGCUGCGAUCAAGGCUGUCUACGAUCCCACAGUCAAAGCAACUGCUCCUCUUCUCAGCACCGACGGAACCACCCUACUCACUGAGAAGACGCACUCUGAAACAAUGGGCCGGGGACUUCAGAAGCGUCCUCAACCGUCCCUCCACCAUCUUCGACGCUGCUAUCGCUCGUCUGCCUCAGGCGUAAGCCAAUACCGAUCCCGACCUCCCGCCCUAUGUACACGAAACCAUCAGGGCCGUGCAGAAGCUCUCCAGCGGGAAAGCGCCCGGAUCGGACGUGAUCAAUGCUGAGAUAUACAAACACGGUGACCCCCGACUUAUGGAGCACCAGACGGCGCUCUUCCAGGCGAUGUGGCGUCAAGGGGAAGUCCCUCGGGAUUUCAAGGACGCCAUAACCGCCCAUCUCUACAAGCGAAAAGGCAACCGUCACCUCUGCGACAACCACAGAGGUAUCUUCCACCUCAACAUCGCCGGGAAGAUCUUCGCUCUCAUCCUUCUCAACUGUCUCAACAACCAUCUGGAACAGUUUCUCCUGCCGGAAAGCCAGUGCGACUUCCACCGUAACCGCGGGACCAGCGACAUUAUCUCCACCGCUCGUCAGCUGCAAGAAGUGUCGGGAGAUGCGGAUCCACCUCUACACUACCUCCGUGGAUCUGACGAAAGCCUUUGA